AUGAAAUUUAAGACAGAAGAGGCAGCUUAUGAAUUUAGUGGUGCAUUUGCAAGAUUCAAAGAUUUUUCAAAAGAUUUUAGUGAGUGCAUAUACAAUUAUGAAGAUGAGGAUGAAUUUAUUAGUGCUUGGAAUGCGAUGCUUGAAAGGUAUAAUCUCCAAGAUAAUGAUUGGUUGAAGCGAAUGUUUAACCAAAAGGAGAAAUGGGCAUUGGUUUAUGGGAGACAGACUUUUUGCGCUGAUAUGACUACCACCCAACGCAGUGAAAGCAUGAACAGUGUGCUUAAAAGAUAUGCCAGCUACAAACAUGAUUUGUUGCAGUUUUUCCACCAUUUUCAAAGGUUAGUUGAUGAUCGCCACUACGAAGAACUAAAAGCUGAUUUUAGAGCAACUCAAAGUACUCCAUCUUUGUCCUUUCCGGUAGAAAUGUUGAAGCAUGCAGCAAGUAUGUACACCCCAGAUGUGUUUGUAUUGUUUCAGAGGGAGCUAAGCAAGGCUCAUGAUUGUAACUUGAAAAAAUUUGGUGAGAGUGGAACAGUAACUGAAUAUGAUGUCAGUCCUUAUGGCAAGGAUGAUCAACACCAUCUUGUUACAUUCGACUCAUCAGCAGAUAUGGUGUUGUGUAGCUGUAAAAAAUUUGAGUUUGUAGGAUUAUUAUGUUCACAUGCACUUAAAGUUCUUUGCAAUAACAAUGUUAUGAGAAUUCCGGAGAAAUGCAUAUUGAAAAGGUGGACAAAGAAUGCAAAAUCAGGGAGUACAGGUACUUGUGCACGGACAAGCUUGAUCGAAGAUCCAAAGGCAAUGAUGGGAAGACGAUACAAAGAGUUGUGCCGCUUGUGUACCCAAUUGGCAACAAGAGCUACUGAAACAGAGGAAGCUUAUAAUAUUGCUAUGGAUUGUCUUAAAAAAAUUGCGGAAGAAGUGGAUGCAAGUUUGACUGGAGAAGGUUUUGAUGGGACCUCUAAUGCCAAUAAUAGUGCAUUUCUAGAGAAUAAAGCUACCCUUGGUGAAGAAUUUGAGAAAAGAGUUAAAGGGUUGAAAGUUAAAGAGAGAGCUACUGGAAGGUCUAGCAAAAGGCCAAGAAAUGCUCUUGAAAGGGCCAUUAAGUCUAAAAAAAAUCCAGUAAAUAAUUUGAACUCCAUGGAUUAUCUCAUUCAACAAAGUGAAUUACAUACACCUUCGCGUUUCAGCCAGGUAUAA